AUGAAAAAAGGGGAAAUUACCUUGAUGGUCCUAGCAGACUUUAGCAAAGCAUUUGACACCAUUUGUUUUAAAAGCACCAUUGAAAAGUUUUAUAAGUUGGGCUUCUCAACGACCUUCCUGAAGUGGUUGCUGAGCUAUUUAUCUGGUCGUUCCCAGUUUGUGCAGAUAGACGAUAAAUCUUCUUCUCAUAAACCAAUACAUUUUGGAAUUCCUCAAGGAUCGAUCCUGGGGCCAUUGAUUUUUAACCUCUACGUUGCUGACUUGAAUGACGUCAUUUCUUCUCAUAUCAACUGUUAUCAGUAUGCAGACGAUACAACCUUGUAUAAUCAUUGCAAAGUGGCAGACCUCACGACUGGGGAAACGAGCAUGAAUAAAACUCUCACUAAACUUAGCAAUUGGUCACAAGGAUCGAAUCUGGCACUUAAUCCAACCAAGACAAAAUGUAUGCUGUUCACUACCAGUCAGAUGUCAACAUACCACUCCCUGUCAUCGCGCCCUCUGCAGCUUGCUGUUGAAGAGAAA